CUGCUCCACCAUGCAAACUGUACCGCCCUCUAAGACAUCUACGCGCACUAUCUCAGUUACGGGCUUCUCUGGGGAACAACAAACUCUGCCUUUCUCCCUGCCACUCCCAACUACGGUGGGAAACCAGACAGUACUGCACAGCUUCGUCUGUUCACCAACAGUUCCAGUCAACUUACUAGGAAGAGAUCUCCUCAUCAAGCUAGGAGCCACCAUUUUGUGUGGACCUACGGGACUUACUGUCACUCUGCCAGAAGGGACUAUUUUGCCCUGCACCGGAGAAGCCAGUGAUGGCAUGUACUUGGUCCAAAAACUGCCUGACAUAUCAGACUGUGCUGAGAUUUAUUGGGCUCUGUUGGACACAGAAACCAAGGACACUCCUGGCUUAAUGACUCUGUACCAGCAGUGGAAACCCUGGCUGACUCAGGUCCAUCCUUAUGUUUCUCCCCCUGACCCUCCUCACCUAACAUUAUUCUAUGACAGACAUGAUUCAGUUUGGUACAAAGAAGCCUUCCAAAAUCAUUUAGAGGGACAGCAAUGGUGUGUACAAACAACAGAUAUUUAUGCUGCACCAGAAGGUGUGGCUGCUGCAGCCAACCUAACCCAAGAACAAUUGGCAUGGUACAUGAUGGAAGAUGAGGCAGUACCUCAUGUCUCUCUUGCUUUACAUCCAGCCCAUCAGGCAAAAGAACUAGGAGGAAUGGUUAAACGUUCCCUAGCAACCACUGAUUGGCGUUCAACUCCUCUUCCACAAGUGUCGUAUUCAGACUCGACUCAGACAUUUAAAAUCACUGCGGUUUGUACUAAUUCAACACAUUUACAACAGGAAACAAUUAGCAGAUCUCAUGGCCGCGAACGAACCGAUCACCCUGAUGCUCUAACAAUGUUAGACUCGCUUCCCACCUCCCUGUGGUCAACAGGCCCCACUGAUGUUGGGUUGGUGUCCAUCCCACCUGUGACCUUUCACCUAAAAGAUCAUGCUCCCCUGUGGGUUCCACAAUACCCACACAAACCAUAUGCUGAAGAGGGGAUAGCAGACACCAUCAAUGGCCUGUUGCAGGCAGGGGUGUUGGAACCAUCCAUGUCAGAAUGGAACACUCCGAUUUUACCUGUAGAAAAGAAAAAUACUGGUAAAUAUCGAAUGGUUCAUGACCUGCGUCGUAUAAACGCCCUACUUAACACAAACUCACUUCCCGUCCCUAACCCAUAUGUGGCUCUGACAAACUUACCACCUUCACAUGCAUGGUUUUCCUGCAUAGAUUUGGCAAAUGCAUUCUUUUGUCUCCCACUUCAUGAGUCUCUGAGGGACAUUUUCUCUUUCACAUUCAGAGGGCAGCAAUUCAGAUACACGCGUUUGCCACAAGGGUUCACCCUGUCACCUGGUUUGUUCAACCAAUGUUUGCGUCAGCUCCUAGACACAUGCCCCCUACCUGAUGACUGUGUUCUAGUGCAGUAUGUUGACGAUUUGCUUCUGUCAGCGCCCUCUGCGGGCUCCUGUCUGCAAGCUACUCAAACAUUACUAACUCAUUUGGCCAGGCUUGGAUUUAAGGUCAGCCGGUCCAAACUUCAGAUAGCCAGGAAACAAGUGUCAUUUUUGGGCAGGAUGGUUUCACAAGUUGGUGUGUCAUUGUCACCAGAUCACAGAAACUCCAUUCUCCAUCACUCUAAACCUGAAACAGUCAAAGACAUGUUAUCUUUCCUAGGCCUGACAGGCUACAGUAGACACUUCAUCCCUAACUAUGUUGGUCUCACUGCCCCACUACGUGCCCUCAUUGCACCUUUUGGGAUGCGUCAACUCACAGCUCACCUGAACUGGACUAUUCCAGCAGAAGAAGCUUUCAUAAAACUCAAACAACAACUCUCCACUGCUAGUGAUUUAGCUACUGCAGACUACAAAUCCACAUUUUUUCUUGAUGUUUCUGGAUCAGAAACUCAUGUGAAUGGAGUUCUGUUCCAGAAAAAAGGGGGAGGUCAGAGACAAGUCUUGAUGUACAUAAGUGUCAUGCUAGAUAACAUGGAAAAAAGACACCCACCUUGCACACAGCAUGUAGCAGGCCUUGCAAAAAUUUUACAAAAAACAGCACACAUUGUAAUGGGCUAUCCUCUGAAAGUACUAACAACACACAGUGUAGUAGCUUACAUUACAUCACAAGCUUUCACCAUGACCCCACUAAGACAAAGAAAAAUCUGUAAAAUCUUAGAGGCCCCACACAUCACCUACACACACGAAGGGAUAAACAUGGCAGACCACAUGGGUAAUGGGGAGCCUCAUUCGUGCGAACAAAGAACAGCAAUAGAAGAAAAAGUCAGACCAGAUUUAAGUGCAACCCCACUACAAAAUCCUGAUAAGAACUGGUUCACAGAUGGCUGUUGUUACAGAGAUGACAAUGAUGGAUUAAAAGCUGCCUGGGCAGUAGUAGAGCAACUCCCUACAGGCGAGUGGUUCACUGCAGGAGCGGAAAAGCUGAAAGGACAACAGUCAGCACAGAGAGCAGAAGUGUUAGCUAUUAUUGCCGCUCUCAAAAUGAGCACAGGGAAGAAAGUAAAUAUUUACAGUGACUCAGCUUAUGCUGUAGGAGCCGUGCAUGUUGAAUUGAAACAGUGGUUGAGAGCUGGCUUUGUGACUGCUGGGGUGAAACCCAUAAAACAUGAGUCUGAGAUGAGGGAACUAGCAGAAGCUUUAUUCCUUCCAGCAGAAGUGGCAGUGAUAAAAUGCAAAGGACAUAGUCAGGGCUCUGACUUUGUAUCUAAGGGAAAUCAGGAGGCAGAUAGGGCUGCCAAGAUAACAGCUGAAUAUCUUCCUGUAUAUAACCUAGUGGUUGAAACAGUAACUGUUGAAAAAAGCAUUGAUCCUAGAAUAUCCAUCACAAAAGAAACACUGAAAGACAUGCAAGAUCAAGCUUCAGCACAGGAAAAAACUUUAUGGUUGGCAAGAGGCGCCACUAACACAGAUGUUUGGAGAAGUCCAGAUGGUAGACCCAUACUACCACCUGGCAUCAGGCAAACAGCAAUGGAAGAAGCACAUGGUGUUGGACAUGUUGGUGUAGCACAGAUGAUGAGAAAUUUGUCCCCCUGGUGGCAUCCAUACCUAACAGACAUGGCCAGAUAUUUGGUUAAAACUUGUACAGAGUGUACUCAGUUUGGCAUUAAACCUACCCUGAAACCAAUCCAAGGUCAAUUUCCAAUACCAACAUGCCCUGGAAAAGAGAUAACCAUAGAUUUCACAGAUAUGAUUGACAGGGUAAAAGGCUACAGGUAUCUCCUAGUGUGUGUAGAUGCCUACACUGGAUGGCCGGAGGCUUGGCCUGCGAAAAAAGAAGACAGCAAAACAGUCAUCAAAUGUCUGAUCAAUCAUUACAUUCCCCAACACGGGUUUCCGGAAAAAAUCAGAUCGGACAAUGGGACACAUUUUAAGAACAAAGAUCUACAAGAGGUUGAAACCAUGCUGGGACUGAAACACAAGUUUGGUUCAGUGUAUCAUCCUCAGUCCCAGGGAAAGGUGGAAAGGAUGAAUCAAACGCUAAAGGUCAAAUUGGCUAAAAUCUGUGCACAGACCAAAUUAACUUGGUUAGAUGCUUUGCCCCUUGCUCUGAUGUCCACACGGAGCUCAGUUAACAAAACCACAAGGUUCACUCCCUUUGAACUACAGACUGGACGGCCGUUUCCAGGACCUGCCACAAAACUACCUCUGACUGCUGACCUGACUGACUCCCUCGACUCAAGGUCAUAUUAUAAUCUGUUGCAUAGUCUUGUCUCUCAGUUCUCGUUACAGGUUAAGGCUGAUCGUACCACCACAGAUGCCCCAUCUCCACAACCUGGGACAGACUGGGUCCUGCUGAAAGUCACCAAAAGGAAGUGGACGGAACCGAGGUGGACCGGACCCUACAGGAUCACGGAGAGGACGUCACACGCUGUCCGGCUGGACGGCAAAGGAGACUCCUGGUACCAUUGGACCCAGUGUGCUGCUGCGGAGGAGCCACACCGCACCCUGACCGAGGUCCAAGAGAACCUGUCACAGAGGGAGGAGCCUAACCUGGAAGAGAAGCAGCCGACAUCUGCCUGACCAGAAAAGUACCUAAGGACCAGGACGAGAAGCAGCUGACAUCUGCCGAACCAUAAAAAGGAUUCAAAAAAAAAAAAA